CGGUGGUCAGUGCGCGUGCGUAGUAUACAUAAAUUCUAUGGAAACUAAAAGAAAUUAUUUCUAUCAAAAUAUGUGAGGCAGCUAGAGCUCAGCUAGCACAGGGGCAGUAUGCCUAUCACUAAAAUCCCGAUAGUCCACAAGUUUGGGAUUAUUUCCCAUACACAGAGACUUGAGUUACAGGAGCGACUACUGAAACAGUCCUACAUACAGACACUGAAAAGCCAGAAAGUUCUUGUACCAACGAGAAAUCCAUUAGAGGUAUCUGAAGAUUUUGUGCAGGAGUACAACAAUGCUAAAGACUUUGAUGAGAAAGAGAAGUUGGAGCAGUCUGCUCAAAAGAUGCUAGAAAGAUCAAAGAGGAGAGCAGGUUUAAAGGAUGGUGGAGUGGGAAAACAUGUAAAUCUUCCAAUGGCAUGGACAGAACUGGCUCAGCUGGCACAGUGUAGGGGCAAGAUACAAGAAGAGUGUUUGGAUGUAUUGAUAAUCUCCCUUGAUCAGUCUCCACUAGAAAAGUACCAUAUCCCUGCUCUGUUUUUCCUUGCCGAGACGAUGCUGUACUGGUUACGGACAGAUGCUGUACACCAACCAUAUCUCAGAACUGGUGAAAUUAAACUAUUGAAGAUGGGUCAGUUGGUAUUUUCACGGUUAUUCUAUCAUCACAUGGCUGGACAACUAUCAGGACAGAAGGAGUUUAAAAACAGACUUUUUACAUAUCUUGAUGGUUUACAGGAAUGCCAGGAAGCAUACAGCCCCUACCCAAAUGCACUUCUGUCCCUGAGGUUUAUCAUAACUGUUGGUAAAAUCAUCAUGUCAGAUACACAGCUUGAACCUGGAGAUAUCAAGGAGGGUGAUAACAUCAGGAAAUCUGCUCUCAGUAGACCUAGUGCUAGAAGUACAGAUACUGGCAAAAGAACCAUCCAUUCCAAAGACAUGACAACCCACACCGCUCACAGUGUGGCAAUCAGCAGCAGUGUUCAUGACCUCAGCCCCACUCUAUGGCACGCCCUGGAUGUGUGGCGAUGUACUAACCAUCUCAGUGGGGGUCUCACAGAGGCUCUGAAAGCCCUCAGUCAUUGUGGUAUGGGGCUUGUAAAUGAAAGCUGGGUAGACAGUAUGAUAGCUCUACAGAUUUUGGCUGAGGCCUCCAAGUCCAGCCUCAUGGCCAUGAGGGCCCUUCAUAAUCUUGCUCGAGGGUACAGACCAGGGGAUAAGGUGAAAUCACCACCUACAUCCAGCAGGUCUGAAAGUUCAGAACAAAAACUGAAGCAGAGUUCAUCGGCAAGUCCUACAACUAAGAAAAUCUUAAGAUUUGAGAGUUACAGUUAUUCAAGUGAUGAGUCAACCCCCAAGGAUAGGGAAUCUCGUGCCAGUGUAGCAAGCUCUAAACCAACUUUGAGUGAUAUCUACGAGAGAAGUGAGGAAGGUGACUCAGAGAAAAAUAAAACUGCUUCUGCAACAGAAUCAUCGAAGUCUAAACCAAAGAGUGCUGAUGUUGAUCCAUCCCUGAGGGAUACAGACCCAAGUGAGGCUUCUCCUCCAUAUAUGCAAUCACCAGUGAAGAAAGAUGAUGAAAAUAUAAUAGAAGAGGUUUCUCCGACUGGUGCAACAUUGUUAAAACGAGAGGUAUCGUUUGACACUGGUGUUCCUCUGAAAGAUGAGGAAUCAAAGUCACCUGUAAGAAGAACAUCUCCAAAAUCUACACCUGGGACACGAGCAAUGACCCAGGGCUCACGUACCACUGCUGCAACAGGGGAGAGUAUGUACCCUCCAGGAACUGGAUACCAGGCUGAAGCUGGUACAGCUUUACCCAGUGGCAGGGCCUCUGAUGCUAGCACAGUACAGACAUACACUAAUGCUAUAAGUCCUGAGAUGCCAGGUAUCAAUGGUUGGCAUUGGGAAGUGGCCAUCACCUACACUGAUGUGUUAGCAGAGAUUUGUCUACAUGGAGGAAAUGCAGAGAUACAGAAAUUGGCAUUGAUGGGCUCAAACCAAGAUGUUGCCGACCCUUUCAAGAGGGGCUACAAUAAUCUACCGCUACACAGUGCAGGGUUACUGGACUUGGCUUUCUUUAAGGCUGUCAAUGAAUCUAGGGAUGGUGGUCCCAAUGAUUGGAGUUGGCGUAUUAGAUUUGGUGCUGUACAGUCUAUGGUGAAGAUUUGCCGGUGUCUCGCCAACAACAAAAACAGGGAGGGUAUAAGAACAGCUGCUUGGAAUGUUUUACUUCGGGCACACUCCAUGGAGAAAGAUGAGAGAGUGUUAGAGGCUUUGAAAGUUGGACAGGACAGUACCCCUAAAGUAAGUUGUAUCCAGUAGAAGUUUACAUUUAUAUAGUUUCACAAUGAGGCAGUUGACAAGUUGCAUGUUUUAUAUUGUUCCCAUUUCCAUGUUUUGAAUAUUCCAAUAUGUUUGUUGCUAGUGCAAAAAGUGGGCAUUGUAAAUUUAUUAGAAACAUUCUAGAUUUAGUGUUAGCAUGUUAAUGACACAGACCCAGUGUUUGUGGGUGUUACAACAUUUAAAGUUUUGAAAACUUGCAUGUAUUUUCCUGUUUCUGUGGGAAUUUCUGUCUUGACUGGCAUUUAUAGAUUGAAGAUUAUUUUUUAUGUGUUUAGAUGGGUAUAAGCCACAUGAAGACUCUCGGCUUAUCCAUGAAACAUGCUUACCAUAGA